AGCCUUAUUGGCUCCCAAACAACCUGGAAGAAAGCAAACCGGGCUGUCUGGCGUGGGGCUGCGUUCUGUCAGGGCAGCAGCCAGGCAGGGUGCCCUCUCCUUCCCUGGCUUAUCCCUGCUGAGGUGUCCCUGCUUCUGGAGGGAAUGAGGAACGCGAGGCUCUGGUUUUGACUGAGCAAGAGGCAGUGAGGAGGAGCAAGGAUGUCCAUGAGGAGCCCCGUUUCUCCCCACCUGGAGCUCGAUGGGGCAGGCAGCAUGGUGAACUGCAGCAUCAAGACGGAGGAGAAGAAGGAGAGUGGCUACGAGAGCCCACCAGGGGCUGCCCCCAGCACUGAGCCCCAUCCCAACGACCCCCCGGGACCACCCCCAAGAGAGGGCACAGACCCCCAGGCAUUGCCACAGGAGUCCUGCUCUCCCGCUGGUGAUGCGCUGGAGCCGCGGUGCUCAGCCUUCGAGCCGGCUGUUGGCAGCCAGGAGAAGCUGGACUUCAACAGGAACUUAAAAGAGGUGAUGCCAACCAUUGAGAAAUUACUCUCCAGCGACUGGAAGGAGAGGCUGCUGGGCCGAAACGCUGCUGAGACCAAAGAAGUGAAGGGAACCCAGGAGAGCCUGGCAGAGAAAGAGCUCCAGCUGCUCGUCAUGAUCAACCAGCUGUCCACGCUGCGGGACCAGCUCCUGACAGCCCACUCGGAGCAGAAGAACAUGGCUGCAAUGCUCUUUGAGAAGCAGCAGCAGCAGAUGGAGCUGGCGCGGCAGCAGCAGGAGCAGAUUGCAAAGCAGCAGCAGCAGCUCAUCCAGCAGCAGCACAAAAUCAACCUGCUGCAGCAACAGAUCCAGCAGGUCAACAUGCCCUACGUCAUGAUCCCUGCCUUCACCCCCAGCCAUCAGCCCCUUCCUGUGACGCAGGACCCCCAAAUAGCGCUGCCCAUCCAGCCCAUCCCCUGCAAGCCAGUGGAUUACCCCGUGCAGCUGCUGCACAGCCCUCCUCCUCCCACGCUAAAGAGACCCAGCGGCUCUGGCCAUCUCCAGAUGCAGGAGACCUCGCAGCCGCUGAACUUGACGGCCAAACCCAAAGGCUCCGAGCUCCCCAGUGCCUCCAGCUCACCCAGUCUGAAGAUGAGCAGCUGCCAGUCCCUCACACCAAGCCAUGGGGCUGUGCGAGACCUGCAGAGCAGCCCAUCCAACCUGCCCUUGGGAUUCUUGGGUGAGGGCGAUGCCAUCACCAAAGCCAUCCAGGAUGCACGGCAGCUGCUGCACGGCCACAGCGGUGCCAUGGAGGGAGCGCUGAGCCACCCCUACCGUAAGGACCACGUUGGCAUCGAUGCUUCCCCUGUGAAGGAGAGGAUGGAGGAGACACCCACACACCGCCUGGAUGAGGCUCUGCUGAGCUGUGAGAUGGACGGAACGCGGCAUUUCCCCGAGUCCAGGAACAACAACCACAUCAAACGGCCCAUGAACGCCUUCAUGGUGUGGGCGAAGGAUGAGAGGAGGAAGAUUUUGCAGGCGUUCCCAGAUAUGCACAACUCCAGCAUCAGCAAGAUCCUGGGCUCCCGCUGGAAGUCGAUGACGAACCAGGAGAAGCAGCCCUACUAUGAGGAGCAAGCCCGGCUGAGCCGGCAGCACCUGGAGAAGUACCCCGACUAUAAGUACAAACCCCGACCCAAACGCACGUGCAUCGUGGAGGGGAAACGGCUGCGCGUGGGGGAGUACAAAGCUCUGAUGCGGAACCGACGGCAGGACGCCCGGCAGGGCUAUUUGAUAGGUCCCCAGGGCAGCCAGCUGCCCCCCGGCUCCUCGGACGUGCUGUACCCACGGCCGGUGGGCAUGCAGCUGCCGUCCCCGCUGAUGGAGCACUACCUGCCCCGCGGCGUGGACCCCAGCAUGCCUGUCAUCAUCAGCGCUCGUAGCCUGAAGGAAGGCGACGGCGGAGGGGACGAUGGGCACUCGGUGGCGGACGGUGAGAUGUAUCGCUACAGCGAGGAGGAGGACUCGGAGGGAGAGGAGAAGAGCGAUGGAGAGCUGGUGGUGCUGACGGACUGAGGGGCUGGGGGUGGGGGGGGGGAGGGGGCAGCGGGGCUGGCUGGCACCAGGCGCUGGUGACCCCCGAUGGGAUGGGAUGCGGUGCAGGCAAAGGCCCAGCAGCUGCAGGGAUGAGAUGAGAUGGUGGUGGGCGAUGGGGGGGUUUGGGUACGUAGCGGUGCUGCUGCUGCUGUAGGGAAUGGGGCUCUGCAGCUUGGCCGGGAGCUGAUGGCUCAGGGACCCUGCAGCCCCCAGUAAGGACCUGAGGGGAUUGGGACGUGGGAAACCUUCCAGCCCUCUACUCCCUAUCUAUGCCACCCGCCACCCCCUGGCCAUGGGGACACCCAUAAGCUCUGCUCAGCCCAACCCUCCCCACCCCACCGCGGUUCCCCCUUACAGCCUGGCAGUGAAUUCCCAUGGAGCCUUUUUUUAGCUCUUGCCUGACCCGAGUGUGAGCCAAGGGCACUGAGGAGCCCUUUGUGCUCCCGACGCUCUGUCCCACUUUGUAAAUAAAGCGGGUGCUGUUCCCUGGCUGUGCCCCAGCCCUCGGGCAGCCCCAAUGCACGGCACCGCUCUGGGUCCAUGCAUGCCCCGGUGCCUCCUUUGCACCGCAGCUCUGCGAGCGCAGGCUUCACCCCGUGCAUAGUGGAAACAGCGGGGUGGGGAGGGGGUGGGGGGAGAGGGAAGUGGGGGAAGAGGAAAAAAUGACAGCAAUUUAAAGGGAAAAAAAAGAAAGAAAGAAAGAAAGAAAAAAAUAAUACCUGGCUCUGCUCAGCACCCAGCGCUGGGUUUGCGUGUGGGUGCAGCAGUGGCUGCGCAUGCAGCACCGGGCGCAGCGCGGAGCACACGCACCGCCGUGUGGCAGCAGCCAGGCACAGCCGUGCUGCAUGCAUCACACCCCUGCUAGGGGCUGCAGCAGCACCGCUGCUCCCCCGCGCUCCAGGGCCACGGCAGCCGGUGGGGGUCCUUUCUCUUUGCCCACCCCCUUCUCUCUUCCCCUCUUAGUGCUUUAUUUAUUCCCCCCAUGGCACAGCUCAGGCUGGGGCUGGAUGUGGCCGUGCGCACCGAAGGGGCAGCUCUUCCUCUCUCUCUCUCUCUCUCUCUCUUUUUUUUUUAAAGACUGUAAAUAUAGAUAGAGCUUUAUUUUGUUAAUAAGACGAGUAACUUAACCUGUAUAUUUCACAUACUUGUUUACAAACUGCCCUCCCCACCCCUUGGCACAAUAAAGAUGAUGUUUUGGAGCUGA